AUGGCAAACCAAUUUUUUUCACAAUUAUCGCAAAAUUUUAUUGAUAUUUUAGAUGAUGAUAAAUAUUAUGAUGUUAUAAUUGAGGUUGGACAAGAUCCAGAAGUGAAAGUAUUUCGAUCACAUAUGGUUAUUUUAAAUUAUCGUUCAGUUCAUUUUCGUAGAAAUUUAUCAACUAAUAAAAAGAAUAAUGAGGAUAAAUUAACUAAUAUUAAAUUACCUAAUAUUUCACCCAAUAUAUUUCAGAUUAUUUUGAAAUAUAUUUAUGGUGGAAUCCUUAAUCUGGAUGGAAUUGAUCCUAUAGAUGUAAUCAAUUUAUUAAUUGCGGCUGAAAGUCUAAAAUUACAAGAAAUAGUUAAUUAUUUACAAUCAUAUUUUAUUGAAAAUGAAACUAAUUGGGUGAAAGAACAUUUUAAUCUUGUUUAUAACAAAAUUUUCCAACAUAAUUCUUUUAUUGAGCUACAAAAAUUUUGCACAGAUAUUAUCUCUAAAAAUCCUGAAAAAUUAUCUAAAUCACUUGAUUACAAUUCUAUUUCAGAAAAAUCAUUAAUUUCUUUAAUUAAACGAAAUGAUUUAAAAGUAGAAGAAAUUGAUGUUUGGGAUCAUGUAUUAAAAUGGGGACUUGCACAAAAUCCUUCUUUGCUUCCUGAUCCAGAAGAAUGGUCUGAUGACGAUUUCAAAUUAAUGGAAAAGAGUUUACAAAAUUGUUUACCUUUUGUUAGAUUUUUUUAUCUAUCAUCAAAAGAAUUCCUGAAUAAAGUAUUUCCUUAUCAAAAACUUUUGGAUCCUCAACUUUAUAAAGAUUUAAUGAAUUAUCAUUUGGAUGGUGAUAACAAGAUCAUUUCAACAAUUCAAUCGGCAAGGGGUUCAAUUAUUGAUUCAAAAUUAAUUACAAGUAAAACUGCAGCAUAUAUUGCAAGUUGGAUUGAUAAAAAAGAGAAUCAACAUCCUAUUUAUAGAUUUAGACCUUAUAGUUCUUUGGAUAAUCCUUAUGAAUUUAAAUUAUUAUUACGUGGAAGUCGUGAUGGAUUUUCUUCUGAAAGUUUUCAUAAACUCUGUGAUAAUAAGGCUAAAACUAUAACAAUUGCUAAGGUGAAAGGAACUAGUGAAAUUCUUGGAGGGUAUAACCCUCUUAUAUGGGAAUCUAAGGAUAAUUUUGAGUAUUCAGAAUCUAAUGAGAGUUUUAUAUUUUCCUUUACAUUCAUGAACCUUAAUGAUGUCAUUUUAAGUAGAGUAAUAAAUCAUCAUAGAGCAUUUUCAUCCAAUGUGGAAUAUUGCAUAUGUUUUGGUGAUGACUUUUACAUUGGAGCCGGUGCGAUUGGAUAUUGUGAUAAACUGAACUAUGAAAAAGGUUUAAGACCUGAAAAAGGUUUUUUUGAUUUGGAAGAAUAUGAAGUAUUUCAAAUUAUUAAAAAUGUUUAA